AUGAAACGGCGAGCGAAAGACAGAGGAAAAGAUGAGCAUAGCCAAAACCCUCGUGCCAAAAUUAUACCCAGGUGGCAGACUCUUUAUCGCAUCAACAAUGGGAUCCAUCUUCGAGAACCGUCCUGGAUAGACGCCCAAUAUGGGUAUUUCGAACUCAAAGGUGACACGCCAAUCUCAAACUUGAACGCCUAUCUCAAGCGCCACGACGAUAUUGUCUUCGUCCCUUUCAAGGAUUAUGACAACGGUACAAAACUUUCGGCGGCUACUGAAUUGGCCGAAGACGAUUUUUUACCACAGCCACAACCUUCAACAGAAGCGGUGAUACUGACCUCGGCGCAAAUGGUUUCUGUUAUGAAAAAAUUCUUGAAUGCCAUUUCGGGUUUCAAGGAGUCGUUUCCUGAUUUUGAUCCAACUAAAGAAAUCCAUGAGCCAUAUCUAUUCUGGUUUUUCUAUCGAACUAAUAUGGAAGAGGCACUGAGAUCACUGUCUGCAGAGGAAAGAACGAUGAUCAAGCUCUUCCGGGACUGGAUCGAAGGCUCAUACGGGGAAGAGUGGGACUAUAUUGAUUCCGAGUUUGAGAAGGGUAUGGUAUGUCCAAUAUCAGUGAAAUAUCUGAUUCGUCCUGGUGAUGUACUGGUGUCGCGCAAAGACGAAAAUAUCGACGCAUAUAUCAUAAAAACUUGGCCAAAAUUUCUCGAACCAAGGUCACCCCAAGACAAAAAUAUUGACGCACAAGAUUAUCUGUGGAAUAUAGAAGCAUGGUCUUGGUCAUUUGAUGGUGAAUUCAGAAGGGCAACAGCGGUUCUCGAUCUCAAAAUCACUGCUCCGACGGACAGAUCUAGAGUUCCCAUCACCUCUUUGGAGGUUUUCCCCCUAAAAUACGACGAAACAGGUUUAGAAGCUCGACUCAAGAAAAGGGGCGAGAUAUUUUGGAAAUGUCGAAAAAGAUAUUUAGUUUCGUGUGUUGAUAGUUAUGAAGAGGAUAUGAGUACACAGGAUGGUGACAGAUACAUGGUCGAUGUGGCUACUUACUCUCAAUAUAGACGGAAAAAUUUUCGCGCUACAAAACGGGGUGAUAUGCUCGAGUCGACACUGAAACUAGACAAAUUUCCAGAUACCUCGGAGCUUCUCGUGUUUCCGAGAUCGGUCGUGUCGUAUGAUCUCAGGCGUAAGCGUUGGAUUGAUCUCCAAGUGGACCACAUUCGAGACGUAACUUGGAAUACACAAGCUUUUGAAAGUUUAGCAAUUGACGAUGAUGCCAAAGAGCUGCUUGAAGCUGUAGUCACGAACCAAAUCGUAUCAUCCAAAGGCACGGAUAUCAUCGCCGACAAAGGCAAUGGUCUUAUCAUCUUGUUACACGGCGGUCCAGGCACAGGAAAGACCUUUACUGCAGAGAGUGUGGCAGACUUUGCAAAGAAGCCUCUUUACCGUGUUACAUGCGGUGAUAUUGGAACAAACCCAGAGCAAGUCGAGACUUACCUUGAGUCCGUACUUCAUCUGGGUCUUAUAUGGGACUGCGUGGUCCUGUUGGAUGAAGCAGAUGUUUUCUUAGAAGAGCGAGGACAAUACGACCUAGCACGGAAUGCCUUGGUAUCGGUGUUCCUACGCGUUCUUGAGUACUAUCAGGGCAUUCUGGUACUCACCCCCAACCGAGUGGGCACUUUUGACGAAGCUUUCAAAUCACGAAUCCAGUUGACUCUGCAUUAUGACAAGCUCAGCAUUGCGCAGCGUCGCAAAAUAUGGCGGAAUUUCAUCCAGCGGCUCAAGAAUUUGGGUGUUAACAAUGUCGAUUUUGAUGACAUAAACGAUCAUAUCGAUGACUUGGUCACGCGAGAGAUGAAUGGGCGACAGAUUCGCAAUGUCAUUACGACUGCACGUCAGUUGGCACAAUAUCGCGGCAAGAACCUCUGCUUUUCGCACUUGGAACACGUCAUGAAGAUUGCUGACAAGUUCGAUACAUACAUAAAGAAUGUCAAAGAGGGGUUAACGGAAGACCAGCUUGCAAGAGAUGCAGGCUUGCGGUGA